AUCUGAAGCUUCGUUCGCACAUGUCUGGAUUUGGACGGGUGUCGUGUCCUGCUGAGGCACUGGUAGAUGCAGGGGCUUUAAUCCAGGAUGAACGAAUGCUACUAUGAUAAGCGCAUGGACUUCUUCUAUAACAAGACAAACACUGACACAGUAGAUGAGUGGACAGGACCAAAACUGAUUGUUGUUCUGUGUUUUGGGACAUUUUUCUGCCUCUUUAUUUUCAUUUCAAAUUCCUUGGUCAUAGCAGCUGUGGUCAAGAACAAGAGGUUUCAUUUUCCCUUUUACUAUCUCCUGGCCAACUUAGCUGCUGCAGACUUUUUUGCUGGAAUUGCCUAUGUCUUCUUGAUGUUCAACACUGGCCCAGUGUCUAAGACAUUAACUGUUAACCGCUGGUUUUUGCGUCAGGGUCUUCUGGACACCAGCCUGACAGCUUCCUUGGUGAAUCUCCUUGUCAUAGCUGUUGAGCGGCACAUGUCGAUAAUGCGGAUGAAAAUCCACAGUAAUCUCACGAAGAAGAGAGUCACCUUUUUAAUUAUAUCAAUUUGGGCCAUUGCUAUUUUCAUGGGUGCUGUUCCUACCCUGGGUUGGAACUGCCUCUGUGACAUUACCGCCUGCUCAUCCCUGGCACCUAUUUACAGCAGAAGUUACCUGGUGUUCUGGAGCAUCUUAAACCUCGUUGUCUUCUUCAUUAUGGUGGUGGUUUACAUAAGAAUCUACAUGUACGUCCAGAGGAAAACUAAUGUCUUGUCGUCGCACACUAGCGGAUCCAUUAGCCGUAGGAGAACUCCUGUGAAGCUUAUGAAGACCGUCAUGACUCUUUUAGGUGCCUUUGUUGUCUGCUGGACCCCUGGCCUGGUCGUCUUACUGCUUGAUGGUCUGAACUGCACCUACUGUGGGAUUCAGAAUGUUAAAAGGUGGUUUCUUCUCCUGGCCCUGUUGAACUCUGUCAUGAAUCCAAUAAUUUAUUCAUACAAAGAUGAUGAGAUGUGGGGUACCAUGAAAAGGAUGAUUUGCUGCUCCUCUGAGGAUAAAAGCCAGGACAGACGCUCGUCGCGGAUCCCCUCGACAGUUCUCUGCAGGAGCACGGAUACCUCGGGGCACUACAUUGAAGAUGGCAUUAUUCAAGGGACAAUUUGUGGAAAAGGAGAUCUUGGUGACAAAGGAAACUCCUGAGCUGGGGACUGACUUGGCUGGAAAAGGAGAGGGGGAAGGGAGAGGUUUUGUAAGAGAAGAUUGACUGGCAAAGCUGGUAAACAAUAUAUCCACUUUGUUCCAGAGCCUAAACUCCAGUGUUAACAAAAGUUCCUAUAAAUAAUUGCCUGAUGGAAAAACACUUUGUAAUGAAGAAAACUUUCUGUGCUGCCGUCUUUCUCUUUUUUUUUUUCUUUUAAGUACAUGAAAUUGUUAUUUCGUAUGAAUGGAAUAAAUACAUCUCAGAGACUUCUUGUGCAUGGAAACAAAAUGUAAGCAACAUAGUGAGACCCUCCUUAAGCUCCUACAGAGAGCAUAAACCUGCCUCACUGUGCAGGCUUGGCAUUCAUUGAGUAUUUAUGCUUUGAACAGUUUCUGUGCAUCUUGAGGAGGAUUGUAGGCUCCAUUGGACAGAAUUGUGACCUGUUUUCUUGGUUUACAAAGUUCAUGAAAUAUUUCACACCUACUUUCUCUCUUCCUCCUCCUUACCUUGCUUUCAAAAUAGGUAGUCUGAUGGUUUAUUAAAGCUGUGCCAGAAACCUGGCUGUGAUGGGAAGCCCAGACCAGGCAUCAGUGUGCAUGAGUAUGUCUGACCAUGGAUUGUCAGGAUCUGAGAGUACAAAAAGCACAGAAGCCGUUAUUACUUCCAUAUGGGGUGAAUGCUGCAAGGAGAUACAUUGCACUCUGCUGCUGUUGUGUAGGUUGCUGUUGUGUAGAUGUUGAGGGUGGAUUAACAGAAGAGCAGCGUGACCAUGUUCAUUAUGCUCAUGUCUUACUCAGCCGGAUAACAUCAAACGGGUGUGCUCACCCCUCUUUAACUGCUAUGCCACUGAGAGAAAUGAAAUCCAAAACUCUGUUUUAAGAGGACGAACUUUUAAGGGAAGUUUAAAUAUACGUAUAUAUAGGUUCAAUCAAGCUAUUUAAAACAGAAAUUAAUUUACAGGAAAAAGCCUGAAACCAACCUAAGCCUUUCCAAGAGUACAGUAUGCAUUGAUUGUCUGACCUUGUCUGGACCACAUUUAACCUCUGAUUUGCAAGCAGGUCUUACUGCAAGGUACUUGAGGAAGAGGCCGUGAAACGGCAAGCAAUGAAGGGCUUUCAGCAUUGUGACUAAUCUAGUCUAGUGUCAAUGCAGCCACAGCCCCAAAAGCUGAAGUUUUGAUUUAUGGAGUAUACUCUAAUGGAGGAUCCAGCAAUUUAAAGCUCUAGGGUAAAGUUUUUAAACUUAAACUUUUAAAUUAAAUAUCGGAAUGUAGAUUUCUCAGUACUCUAAGAACCUGGCUCCUGCCAGUGAGCUCCCUGCUGCCUAUCUUAAUUUUAAGAGGAGUUACCUGUGUUAUGUCCUAGAGAAAGUCUGAUCCCUGGUAUUUAAGCAGGUGAGCACGACCAGAGGUCACUUUGGAAAGUGACCACUUGGAAUUGUCAGAGAACAACACGAAGAGUACAUUGUAUGACACUGAAAGAUGAAGAUCGGCUGUGGCUUGGGCAAAUUCUUCCGUCGGUGCAACUGGCAUGUUGCUAUCUGGGCUGUGUUGGUCAAAGCAGAACCUGCACUUGGCUCAAAGGCCAAGUUGCAGUUUUGUAGAAGGCACUCGGGGAUUUCAUAGCAGGCCUUAGCUUACGAACACAGCAAGCCCCUGUUCAGAGAGCUCACCCAUAACACGUUACCUUGUAGGGAUAUGGCCUAAUAUUUCAAGGUAGAUACUAUAUUUGAGUAAUGCAAAAAGGUUUACACAUGUUUUUUGCCAUUAUAAUGCAAUGUUCUCGUGCAAAUACUACUUCAUUUGUUUGAUGUUUUGAAAAGUAUGUAAAGUGGUGCUUUCUAGAGCUGGUGGCAUUGCAAAGGCAUAGCAUGCAAGCAUUCCUGUCCCUACAGCUACCUGCAGUGCACAGUUCGUGUUAACUAGGCUGAAGCUCCGUAUACAAAGCUAACAGAAAAUAAAAUA